AUCACAUAUUACAACAUUUAAGAAACAAAACUACUGAAGAAGAACAAGCAAAAGUAUUUGAAUUAGAAGAAAAUAACAUAACUAUAGUUAGAAAAAGAGUGGAAUUUGAUAAUGAAGCUAAUACAGUUUUUAAUGAGACUUCAAGUACAUCAGUAUUGCAAAAUGAUACUUCAGAAAAAAAUAACUUCACUAAUCAACAAAUUACAGAAAUAAAAAAUCAAAAAGAAGAUUAUGAAGAAGAUUUGUCUUUAAUUUCAGAAGCCGAAUUUGGUGAAUAUUUUCAAGAGUGGGAAGAAAUGUUAGAAGAAGAAGAAAAUUCUACUUUAAACGAUGAAGGCCAGGAUGAUAUUUUAGAUUCAGAAUUGGAUGAUACUAUUUAUCUGGCAGUAGACAACAAUGCUAAAUGGAAAUUAGCAAAUCUGUUUUGUCCUAUAGAUUUACCU